UCGACUUCUUCCAGAAUUUUCAUUUCUUCUAUUUAAUCUUCUUUAGUAGUUGGAGAUUCACGAGACUGUUUGUUGCUUCGUUCUAUUGGGGUUUGAUGACUAGCCGAAAAAACACGCAUUGGUGUAAUACUUGUAGACGAGGAAUCCGUCUUCAAGGAGAAGACCUAAGAAGAGGAGGAGCUUGCAGUCACUGCGGUAACACCUUUCUCGAAAGGCUCUGUGAGAAUGUUGAACUAAACCCGUUUGAUUUAUUCGGUUUAGCCAUUCAAGAAUCUCGUAGCCGUCGGGUCAACAACAGAAGAAGACCGGUUCUUGAAAACCAAUUGAGUUUUCAAGAGUUGUUUAACCGGCUUUCAGCUCAAGACCGCCGUGGCCCACCUCCAGCUUCACCAACCGUGAUCAACUCCAUGCCAAAGAUCAAGAUCAGGAAGAAGCAUCUCGGUUUGAAUCCGUGUUGCCCGGUUUGCCAAGACCGGUUUGAAAUGGGAUCGUCUGCAAGAAAGAUGCCGUGUAGACAUAUCUACCAUUCGGAAUGUAUAGUCCCGUGGCUAUUCCAGCAUAAUUCUUGUCCAGUGUGUCGCAAAGAGCUGCCAGAAGACGGGAACAAUGGUCGAAAAAACCCCUUUUUGUUUCUGUGGCCGUUUACAUCCUCUGGUGCGGCCUCAAACUAUAAUGGACCACCUUUUCAUUGAGAUGCUUGUGUAACAAAUCACAAUCCAUGAUAUAUGUUUUAUUUUUUUGUUUAAUUAGUGAUUUUUAAAAAUUAUAUCGAUGUACAAAGGGUUUUGUAGCUCAGUACGAUUUGUUGUUAUAUGUAAUGUAUAAAUUUUAAGUAAUUUGUAUCAAAAA